AUGCGGGUUUGGUCUUCGUGGCUGGUGGCAGCCGUCGCCGCCAAUUGCCAGCAGACGGGCCAUCACACCGACUGGCCGCGAUGGUGCGGUAAAGUCUAUGAGGCAGGGUACCCGAGCUUUGAUCCGGGCGGCCAGAUACUGCCCCCUACACCUGUCCCUGGCCCUCCGCUCUUGCGUGUCCAAUUCCGUCCUCGGUACAGUCUUUACCUAGACAGCGAGGAGUAUGGCGAGUUUGUGGUCAAUGCCGAGUUUUCGCAGUACCACGGCACGCCCUGGCCGAACAUCACAAGUCCUUCGGAGGGGGCUAACAGGCUGAUCUUUUCCAUUAACCUCGUGGAGAAUGACAACCCCUUGGUACAGAACACCGUGCCCGUUAACUCUACGGGAAACAUCUUCCGUUUUGAGCUCUCUCGCCUGAAGCCGAGUCUGGAGCCUAUCAGGGUCGUCCUAUACGGCGCACCCGAGACUGGUGUCCCAACGUGGACUGCGACCAGCUCCAUAUACUACCUACCAGACAAGCAGAAUGGCAGUGUCACGAGGAUCGACAAUCUUAAAGGCGGGCUGUGGUUCAAGAACGCCGCCUCCGGUCGCAAAUUUGAGCCGCUUCUCUUCUACGGCUUCUACGCCUCGUACGACGGCUUUCUCCGCAACAACAAUACGACCGAGAUUCAGCAGUACGCAGACCUUGGCCUCAACGCCAUGACGCCCCUGACCACCUACCACGAUUCGGCGCCCAUGUUCGCCUACAUGGACAAGAUCAACCUCCGCUUCAUGUACAACCUGCGCGAGGGCUACAAGAACCUGACCUACGUAGAGGAGAAUGUGCUCGCGGCACGCAACGCCGAAGCAAUAUUCUCCUACUGGGCGACAGACGAACCCGACGGCUGGCAAGACCCCUUCUCCGCCCCGGUCGCUGCAGCCUCCCUGAUCCGCAAACUGGACCCCUACCACCCGGUUGCCAUCACGCUCAACUGCCAAAACUACUACUUUGCCGAAUACUCGGAGCCCGCCGACUUCAUCAUGGAGGAUGUUUACCCGAUCGGGAUCAACGCAACCUUUUCCAAGUGGGGCACGGCCUGCAACACCACGUACGGCGACUGCGGCUGCGACAACUGCGAGGGCACCGUGCAGGACGUGGCGUCGCGCCUCGACGACUUCGCCCGCUACGAGUCCUGGCUCGGCCGCUGGCCAAAAACCAAGGCCCACAACCCGCAGAGCUUCCACGGCCAGGGCUACUGGCUCAGGGACCCCUCACGCGACGAGGAGCACGUCAUGAAUGUCCUCGCAUUCAACCACGGCGCGCGCGGCAUCGUUUCGUGGUUGUGGCCCACCAGCGCCGCCCUGGCCGCCGCCCACGGCGAGCUGGCCAGCGUCGUGACCCGCCCGCCCGUGCUGCAGUUUCUCGUUGGCGGGGACGGGCCGAAUGCCAUCAAGGUCAGGGCAAACGGGACGGAUGUGGUUGAUGCGGCGUACUGGACCGUGGGGAAGCAAAUGCUGGUGAGCGUGGUGAAUGGGGGCUACGUGGACGUUGAGGGCGGGGUUGAGGUGCCGGCGUCGAACGCGACUGUCAUCGCGAGCAUGCCGUGGGGCAGUGUCCUGUGGAAGCUGGAAGGGGGCAGCUUGUCUGUACCGUUGCUGCCGGCAUUGGCCACGAGCAUGGUGAUUUUGGAUUUGCGUGGAUAA